CUUGUGGCUCGAAGACAUCCGCGUAGGCUCCGACCACUCUCGUUCUGAUGAAGGGUAAUUCCAUGCCUCUGUUGUUGCGCCGCAAAAAAAUAGAUCCAGCUGUGGUCUUGCUCUACAGAAUACAAUGAACAAGAUGAAAACGUUCAAGCGCCGCUUUUCCCUUUCAGUUCCCCGGACAGAGACUAUCGAGGAAUCCCUGGCAGAGUUUACAGAGCAGUUCAACCAGCUCAACAACAGGAAGAAUGAAGAUAUGGCACAAGGACAUUUACAUCUGGGUCACCUGAAUAGGGACAUCCGAAUGCAGCCCAGGUCUGCCUCACCUUUGGAAGGUCGGUCCCCAACUCCUGUGCGUUACCGAAAUGGCAACCAGCGCCGCUUUUCUAUGGAGGAUGUGAGCAAGCGUCUCUCUCUGCCUAUGGAUAUUCACCUGCCCCCAGAAUUCCUCCAGAAGCUAGAAAUGGAAAAUCCAGAGAUUUCUAAGCCUCUGAGCAGGAUGUCACGACGGGCAUCUCUUUCAGACAUUGGGUUUGGGAAGAUGGAAACCUAUGUUAAACUGGAAAAGCUGGGGGAGGGCACUUAUGCUACUGUUUUUAAAGGACGCAGCAAACUCACCAAGAAUCUUGUUGCGCUGAAGGAGAUCAGGUUGGAACAUGAAGAAGGGGCUCCCUGCACAGCUAUACGGGAAGUUUCCUUACUGAAGAAUCUAAAGCAUGCCAACAUUGUGACUCUGCAUGAUAUCAUUCACACAAAAUGCUCCCUCACACUUGUCUUUGAAUAUCUGGACAGUGACUUGAAACAGUACCUGGAUAACUGUGGGAAUCUGAUGAGCACGUACAACGUGAAGAUUUUCAUGUUCCAGCUGCUUCGUGGUUUAUCCUACUGCCACCAGCAUAAGAUCCUACACAGAGAUCUCAAGCCACAGAAUCUGCUCAUUAAUGGGAAAGGAGAGCUGAAACUUGCUGACUUUGGUCUAGCCAGAGCCAAGUCUGUCCCAACAAAAACAUAUUCCAAUGAAGUGGUCACAUUAUGGUACCGACCUCCUGAUGUCCUACUAGGAUCUACAGAAUAUUCCACUCCCAUUGACAUGUGGGGUGUGGGUUGCAUACACUAUGAAAUGGUCACAGGACGUCCAAUGUUCCCAGGAUCCACUGUGAAAGAAGAACUUAAUUUAAUAUUCAGAAUGUUGGGAACUCCUACAGAAGAAUCUUGGCCUGGCAUCACAUCCAAUGAGGAGUUCAAAGCUUACAAUUUCACACAGUAUCGAGCCCAACCCUUGAUAAAUCAUGCACCCAGGCUAGACACAGAAGGAAUUGACCUUUUGACAAGUCUCCUCCUGUAUGAAGCCAAACAACGUAUUUCUGCUGAAUCAGCUCUACGACAUCCCUACUUUAUGAUCCUAGAUGAACGAGUACACCUCCUUCCUGAGACUGCCUCCAUCUUUUCUUUGAAGGAAAUUCAACUUCAAAAGGACCCUGGCUGCAGAGGCUCAAGUUUCCAGCACGUUGCUCGUGGAAAGAAUAGGAGGCAAAGCAUAUUUUAAGCCUGUUUGUUCAUUCAUCCAAUCACUGAGAAGAUCGAAGCACUGAGAGGAGAGAGGACCACUGGAUCCCAAGUAGCCCAUCCCCAGAAAGAUUAGGGAUGGCAUCUACUGUACAAGAACUGCCUUGCAAUCCCAGGCAUGUAGUACAGCUAUUUCUCAGAAGCCCCCCUCUUUGGCCAGUCAGAGAGAAAAAGAGAGACAAUGCCAAGCCUAGGCCAGCUCCCAUUCUUCAUACAGCAAUUAGAAUAUUGCCACCUGGGCAAGAAUCUGUAUCAGAUGGUGAGUGGCUUACAUGCUGCCCUGAAACAUGGAGGCUGCUGUUCUAGAUGGAAGCAAUCCCACCGUGGAAUCCACAUCCGUUCUGCUUCUGAGAUAUCUUGUCAUAACCAAUGUUCUGAAUUCCAUUGUUUGUUUUCCUCACCAUGAGAUGAUUUCUAUGACAACUUGCAGAUAUGAUGAGUACAAUGUAACAGUGGAAAGUACUGAUUUUUAUGCAAAGCCCUCUCCCUCUCCCUUUAAACUGAAAAAGAAACCUGAAGGUUUAACAUGGGGCAACAACAAUAACAACACUUAAAAAGUCUGUUUUCUUUGAGUUUCCUUUGCUCUAUUUUUCAAGAAACAUUCUCAAUUCUGAAAGGUACCAUUCAGGAGAAAGUACUGAAUGAAGAAGAGAGGCGUUUUGAUAGAUUUUCUUAGGCCUCUCAUUCAAAGUAUGAUACUAAAUUUAAGUUUUUUCACACAAGAUUUCAACUUGCAGAGCAUUAUUUAAAUCAUCCAUGCUCUCUAGAUAUGUUGGAUUACAAUUUCAAUAAUUUCCAGAAGCUAGGUAUAUAUGAAAAUUGUAUUUUAGUACAGGUAGGAAGCCCCAGUUUGGGAGAAGCUGAUAUAAACCAUACUUUGUUAAAUAUAUACCUACUUUUUGAGAAUCUCUUUUUAAAUACAUUUGUCAAAAACAAACAGAUGUACAAAAGUUGAAGUCCAAGUAAUGAAAAAAAUUAGAAAGCACUUGAAUCUUUAACCAGGUUGACUGUAAAACUGAAAAAACUUGAAUCUUUUUUUUUUUU